GAGCUAUAUGUCUCUUAAGAUUCUAUCCCAUACAAUAACAACUUUACGCUUGGGAUAUGUAUACUUUCCUUCACAAUUCUUUGGCCAGUUAUUUUUCUUCAAAAUAACAAGGAGAUUCAAUCUCUCGACCUCGCAGUCCAAUGAUUGGAUCUAUAUAUGAGAUAUACGUCAGUACUCUUUGUCAAUAAAAUUAUAUACAGAUCUCCAAGGAGGCACACUGUUUAUAAUCGUGGUAUAGGGGAGACGUGUUAUUCUAUCACUCUGAUCAUAUAAGAACACAAAGAAGUGUAUAUUUUGUAAUGCUGAUUAGCUUUUGGCCUGAGGACAGAAUUAAGUGAAGAUCAACCUCCGGAUGAGCUUCCAGAUUUGACAUUUACAAGGAAGUGAGGAUAUCUUCAGACUUUACCAUGUCUGUAGUUCUUCUACCCAUCUUAGACUCCAAACCAGAGAUGAAGAAUACCAUCAGCAUCAACAACAAUGAGCCAGGCACAAGCGACGAGGAGGUCAUAAUAUUUCGUGGAACUGGUCAUUCCGACCUGCUCAUGAAGGGACUGUGCGAUCUCUGGAAGGACAACCAGUUGACCGAUAUUGUUCUUAAGGUUGAAAACAGAACAUUUCCUUGUCAUCGAAAUGUCCUGGCUGCAGUUAGUCCCUACUUCCACCGGAUGUUCUGCUCAAACAUGCAGGAGAGCAAGUUAUCGUCAGUGUCUUUGAAAGGCAUCAGCGCAGACAGUGUUGCCCUUAUCCUGGACUUUGCAUAUACAUCAGAACUGUCUUUCACCCAACAGAAUGUUCCUCUUAUAUUGGAGGCUGCGGAUAUGUUACUUAUGACUUCUGUCAAGGAAGGAUGUGUGGACUACAUGGAAAAGCAUUUGCAUCCUUCCAACUGUCUAGGAAUCUAUACCUUGGCAGAAAGGUUCAGUUGUGACGAACUCGCUGAGAAGGUGUGGAAGUUUUCCGUCCGGAACUUCAGAUCUGUCAGGAAGUAUCCCGAGAUUCUUGAUCAGUCAUUCGAGAUGAUUGAGAAGUACCUAUCCACCGAUAACCUUGUGAUCUUGGACGAAGAAGAAGUGUUCGAGACGAUCAUUGCCUGGGUCAACCACAGCCGAAAGAUGCGAUUAAACUACCUCAAGCAACUAUUAUCGCACGUCCGUGAACACCUCUUGCCCACAGAGUACUUGGUAGAUAAGGUGCUCUCUCAUCCACUCUUAACGAAAUCGGAAUCGCUGUCUAUGACCAUCGAAGUAACUGCCCGACAUCGUGCAGCUUUGAAUUACAAUGCACCUCGAUUACGAUCUCGUUCACGUCGUGUGGUGCUUGUAGUCGGAGGCAUCGGCCCGGCCAACAUCAAACUGACUGAGGUGAAAUACUUCGAUCCCGUCGACCGCCGUUGGUCAACAUUUUCCCAUCUUCCGUUUGACUCUGAGCCAGUAUCAUGCGUCACUGCGGUGAUAGAUGAUGUUUUCGUGAUGGGAUCAAGGGGUUCGUUCACUGUCCAUCGGGCGGAAGACUCCCAAUGGGUUGAUCUUCCUAGUCUUCCUCCAGAACGGGUUCGACAUCGGGUGGCGUGUACGUCUUCUGAAGACGGCAAUCUAUAUUUCGUCGGCGGAUUCGACGGUGUACAGAGAGUUCGACUGGUGGACAGAUUCGACACAAAACACAACAUGUGGCAUGAGCUUGAGCCCAUUCCUAUUGCAGUCAGCUCACCAAGCACCGUUAUCUUCGGCAACAAACUCUACGUCUUUGGAGGCGCCCUUGCAAACGGUACCGCAACCGAUCUCGUUUACAGCUACGAUCUCGAUGACGCGUCCAGUCACCGAUCGUGGGAGGCUCGUAACCCGAUGCCGCACGCUUUCUCCGGCAUUACGGCAGUCGUCCUCGAAUCCUACGUCUACAUCGUCGGGAGUGUGUCGACUGUUGUGCACCGGUACAACCCCGUAGAAGAUUCGUGGAGCCAGGCUGAGAACAUGGCAGAGACACAUGCACUAUGCGGUGCGACGGUGUGCGAUGGAAAGAUCUAUGUGAUGGGAGGAGAGAACCAACCAAAUUCGCCGAUCAGUGAAGUUGAGGGCUACGAUCCGACUACGAAUCGUUGGAGACCGUCACAAAACCUCCCUUAUCCUAUCAGGUUGCACGGCUGCGCUACGGUCAUUAAGAGAAUAUGAUCGUAGCUGGAAGCUCGAUUUCUAUUGGCGUUAUUAUUGCUCGUUGUUAAUCUGAUGUCCUUCUGAAACAACUCAAUCACAGUCAAAUCCCAAAGCGACUCAAAAGCUAAUACUUAAGAUUAUAAUAACUGAUUGUUUAGAGAAAGAAAGUUUAUUGCAGAAGUCGAUCAAAAAAUUACAGCCAUGUAUCGCUUUCAGUCGUGUCUGUAUUGGUUCCAUAAAUCAUUUUCAAAUUCCAUUGAACCCUAUCUAUAGAAUACAAAUAUGUGAGAAUUAAAAGCAGUAAACAUAUUAAUUUAUCAUGUUUAUAAUCAUCGCCAUUAACGUCACUUUAGCUGAAAAUUUGUUACUGUCAAAUUUCAAUUAAUCAUUUUGAUCACCAUGUAGAGGCAAUGAUGACGUCAAUAAUUAGAAUUAGUCAUCAGUCCGUCCUCAAAAUAAAUGAGGCAUGUGAAGCAAGUCAAUAUGACAACCACAUCGAGUUGUUUUAAUGUCAGUCUUGUGGUUACAAUUGUGUGUAGUGAUCAUCGCUAUUUUCAUGAUUACUUUCAUGCAUUCUUGUUGUUUUGGUGAACCUCACAGAUGUUUCGACAGUAUUUUAAAAUAUACAUGUUUAUAUAUAAAUGAUUGUGUUUCUCAAAUAAGCGGCAAUGUUUGAUGGAGUUGAGGGAUAUAUAUUCAUUUAUUUUCAGUGGAGAAGCGACAGUGAAAAAUAUUAGGUACAUUUAUUUUUUUACAGUACUAAGAAGGAAUGUUUGUGUUUUAUCUUAACUGCGUCAGAUUAGAUUGUGAUAGGUCUUCCGUUUUUGUUUUGUUUUGUUAUGUUUUCUCGCAUAACUUCACAUGUGAAGUUCACAUGUUCUGUCAUUUUGCAAAUUACAAAAUAUCAUGUAUUCAAAACUAUCAGAACAAAUAUUGUAUAAGCAGGCAAGAGCGCAUGCAUUAUUUCCUCGAUAGUCUCGAUUGGCGAGUUCAAUGACGUAAUUAGAAUGACGGUAUUUACGUUUUCAUUUUCAAAUUCACCUUUGCUCUCAACAAUGAUUGUACACAUUAAACGAGGAGUAGAAAUAAUAUUAAAAAUUCAGUGCUGCAUUUCAGGUAGUUUCAGAGGUAAUUUAAUCUGAAUUAAUGCACUUUCGUAAUGAUGGAUGGUUGGGAUAGGGCUGAAACUGCAUGCCUCCAAUUUCCACUAAAAUAUCUCAAAUGUAAUUUCAUUCAGUCAACGUCUAAUCAAAUUUCCUUGAAUACAUAUAAAUUAUAUUUUGCCUAUCUGAAAAAUGAAAAUAAUAGAUGACUUCAUUAAAUGAUAUUGAUUGGUGGCUCUUUCUGUUUGCCCUCUCAUAGGUUACACCGCUGACAUCAGAUGAGUAGUUGUAGGUACGAUGUAAUUACAUUGUCGCAAAUAAUAAUUGAUAUAUAUUAUUUUAUAUUUUUUAAGAAUUAGGCUGGCGUUUAUCCAAGCGGCGAACGUAUGGUUCAGUGGAAUGAACUAUUGUUUCAUCCUCCCACUUGAAUACACUCUUGAAAAGUUGGGCAACAUACUGCUGUGGUUUGGUAUGGUUUUAUUCACGAUUUAAACAAAUACAUAGAAUAAAAAAAAAUAAAUAAACAUCACAUGAUCAAAUGAUUAUAUAAACUUAACAAUGAAUGUAAUACAAACAUGGGCAGAAAUCCAGGGGGACGCGUCCCCCCUACCCAAAAUAGUAGGGGGACACAAUAUCAAAUGUCCCACCUACUAUGUUUGGUCUUUCAUGAUGAAAAGACAUACAUCAUUAAAAAUCGAAAUAAAACAUGUAUUUAGGACGAGAUGACCUUCCUUUUAUUUGGUGAUUAUCUUUUUUUUUUUUUUGCUUGUCAAAUCUACUUUCGUCGAAAUUACCUUACUUUUGGGGUGAUUACCUUUUUGUUUUUGCUUGUCGAAUUUUCCAGCGCCUGGUCCUACCUUUAGGGAGAGAUUUCCGCCCUUGAAUACAAAAUUAUAUCGCAGGGUCGAAUAAACCCGUUUCAGAUUGGCUAUAAAUAGCAACAAUUGGUUAAAAAAUUGAUCCAGCUCUGGGUAGUUUCCAACCAAUACUGUGUAGUUUUCACCCAAAGCACACAUUAUUGGUUUGGUUUAAAACCCAGCAUUAUAAACUUUUAACCAAUUGUUGUGUGGACAGUAUGUUGCCCAACAUUUUUAAGAGUGUAUGACAUCAUGGAUUUAGGCCAAUAUGAAUCAGACUAAGACCGUGGCCUCCUCAGGUCUUUGGUAAUUAAAGCCAUAUUUCCUUGGACCAUAUUAACUUUGGACGAAAUACAAAGUCGUGUAUAAACUUAACUUUCUAUUAAUAUGUUUACCGAUUUGUGUAUUGAUGUAGAUUAUAGCAAUACAGGUUUUAUAAAAAGAUUAUCAUUUAUAAUAUAACAAAUUGAUAAUAAAGUGAUUUUAUAUUAUAAUAAAUUGCAUAAAUGUGUUUAUCAUGUGA